AUGAAUCAUAAGAUGAAUCUAUUGAUUCCGGAAGAAAUUAUGUUUGAAAUAUUUUCAUGGCUUCCGGUUAAAUCUUUAUUGCGAUUCAAGUGUAGUACAAAAUUUUGUACAUCUCUUGUCUCGGAAUUAGAUUUUGUGAAUAUCCAUACUUGUCGUUCUAUGAGCCGUCCUGGCGGAACAAAAUUCAUUCUGCGCGAAAAAUGGGAAUCAAUUUUUUUCACGGCUGAGCAAAGAGAAGAUGAAAAAGACUCCGCCCCUUUUUUGCAAAUUGCGAGAUAUAAUUACCUCUACCUCCAUGGCCUUGCAUAUUAUUCUCGGUUGAAUUGCGGUAAUGGUUUAUGUUGCAUGUGGGACUCAUUAUCUACACGACCUGCUGCAAUUUUCAAUCCGAGUACAAGAGAAGUAAGAUUUCUUCCCAACAUAGAUGGAGAAUUUUCUUCUUGUAACUAUUCAUUAGGUUUUGAGCCUGAAGAAAAGAAGUUCAAAGUUUUUUCAAGGUACAAAGAAAGACACUGGGUUUUCACUUUAGGCAUAGACGAAUCAUGGAGAGAGAAUAAAAACAUUUCCUUUGCUAUUCCGUAUUUUAAGCCUAGUGUCUGCAUUAGUGGAGUUAUAUAUCAGCUUAUUAAUGGUGCUAUAGCUGCAAUUGAUAUUAAAUCUGAAAAAUGUGAAACUAUUGCAUUGUGGAACUCAUCUCAUGAGUCACCGAACUACUACGAGUUGAUAGAGGUGAAGGGUAAAUUAGAGGUCAUAGAUUGCAGAAAAUGGGUAGGUGGAUACCUUGACUUAUGGAUUUUAGAGCAGACUCCACAAAGAAAAUGGGAGAGACAUAUCAUUCGCCUUCCCUCAAUAUGGAAUCCUAUGAAGCCUGGAUUCGUAUCAUCCGUCAUGUCCCGUGAUGGGGAGAUUGUAUUCGUCGUCAUCUUCAAGUCGGGUGGUGCUUGCCUUGUUACUGUGAGGUAUAACAGCUUUCCUAUUCGUUUACCAGUAAUCAUACUCUCUGGUUGUAGAUUGUAA